GUAACCAAAAGGCUGGCUUUCUAUUUAGCAACGCUUGCUCACAUUUCCGGAGAAGUGAUUCCGCUGUGUAUGUCGUGCUCGCGUCCUGUUCGGAGUGUUGGACGGAAUGGUACUUAUUAAGGAAUACCAAGUGGUGUUGCCAUGUUCUGUAGAAGAGUACCAGGUCGGCCAGUUGUUUUCUGUGGCUGAGGCCAGUAAGAACAAUACUGGAGGUGGAGAGGGGAUCGAGGUGCUCCGAAAUGAGCCGUACGAGAAGGAAGGGGAGAAGGGCCAGUACACCCACAAAAUCUACCACAUACACAGUAAAGUCCCCAGUUUUAUCCAGAUGUUUGCCCCAGAAGGUGCCUUGGUUUUCCACGAGAAGGCUUGGAAUGCCUAUCCUUACUGUCGCACAAGACUACACAGUUGUGACGAAUGAAUACAUGAAGGAUGACUUUUUCAUUAAGAUUGAAACCUGGCACAAACCUGACUUGGGAACCUCUGACAAUCCACAUGGUUUGCCCCCAGAAGAGUGGGAGGAGACGGAGGUCGUGCCAAUAGACAUUGCAGACCGGUCUCAAGUCGAUGAUGCUGACUACAAGGUAGAGGAAGAUCCUGCAGUGUUCCACUCUGAGAAAACGGGUAGAGGACCACUGGGACCCGGCUGGAAGAAGAAGCUCCAUAACAGUAAAUGCCCCUACAUGACAGCCUAUAAACUGGUCACUGUUCAUUUCCGCUGGUGGGGUCUGCAGGGGAGAGUGGAAAAGUUCAUUCACAAGCAGGAGAAGAGGCUAUUCACGAACUUCCACAGGCAGCUGUUUUGUUGGCUGGACAGCUGGGUUGAUCUGUCCAUGGAUGACAUUCGGAGAAUGGAAGAAGAGACACAGAGGGAGCUGGACAAGAUGCGCAAUGAGGGUUCUGUCAGAGGGAUGAAAGCAGGAGAAGACUAAAUGGACAGAGUGGAACAAUAAGUUUGAUCAACAAUUAAUUUUACCUCCCAUAUGCACCGACAACAUUUCAUUCUGCAUCUUAUCAAAGUGUUGGAACACCACCAAACCCUUCCAAAGAGGAAGUUGUCAUACCCAAGACAGGAAGUUACUAUCCUUGUACACGAAUGUGUCUGUGUAUGGAUGUACUUGUGUGUGAAUGCGUACCUUGGUUUUUCAGUCUGUGUUUUUAACCAAUCACUUCGCUGCCAAAUUAUUGGAAUUUUAACCAGUGUCAUUCCAAUAGUUUUUCUUAUUUUGAUAACUAUUGCCGUUAUAAUUUUUGGUCAUGUUGACACUAUCAAUUAUUACUGUACUAUGAAGUGUCUGUGGUUCCCUCAACCAAACCCUUCGAUUGAAAAGCUUUAAUUUAUCCAUCAUGUUAGUAUUCAUUUAUACGGAACACAGAAGGCAUCACUUUCAAAAUGAAGUUCAGAUACAGGAUGACCAUUUAUUGGUCUUUUGCUUUAUGAAUACCUGUACACAAAUGCUAUUGCGUUCACAUUACUAAAUUCUGAUCUUUAUUAUUGUCCUUGAACAGAAUUCAUCCUUUGAACAUUUUUAACAAAAAGUGAAAAUUUUAAUCACUGGCUGAAUUAAGCUGUUUAAUACCUUGGUUUACAAUGGAUGGGUUUGCCAUUGAGAAUGUUUAAUGGAAAAUAAACAACUGCAUCAUGAAAAGUA